AUGUCUACGACAUUAGGCGGCUUUAUCGCCGGUGGAAUCGCAGCCUGCGGAGCAGUAACGGUCACUCACGGCUUCGAGACGGUGAAAACGAGGUGUGUAUCACAAUCGCACAUUGCACACGCACAUACAUGCGCGCAUACACCGGCUUCGGGUAGGGGAGAAGGGCUGCGGGAGUAGGGAAAAGAGAAGAGUGCUUACAAAAAGUGUUGUGGGGGUGGCCAGACUCCAACUCCAAGGCGAACUUUCAGCAAAGUCGCAAACGAAACGAGUCUACACUGGUGUAUUCCAGGGUGUUCGAGUGAUCUUGAAAAAUGAGGGACCGCGCGGCUUAAUGGCUGGUUUAGGAAGUGCUGUGAAUAUUCCCUUCCCUCCACAUAUCUCUCCCGAUAGUAAACUCGAAAAUUAACGAGCCAAUCUCCCCAAAGUACUGCUACCAAACCAUGCUGAACGGCUGCCGUCUCGGCUUCUACGAGCCUAUCCGCAGCUCGGCCACAGGCCUAAUCCACAACGACCCACACUACCAAUCCAUCGGUGUGAAUGUCUUCGCCGGCGCCAGUUCCGGCAUCCUGGGAGCGAUGGUUGGGUCGCCGUUCUUCCUUGUGAAGACGCGGCUGCAAUCGUACUCCCCGUUCCUGCCCGUGGGUACGCAGCAUAAGUACCGCAAUGCCGUUGACGGCUUCAGGACUAUCAGUCGAACUGAGGGGUUCAAGGGAUUGUAUAGGGGUGUGGGCUCCGCUAUGGUCAGGACUGGCUUUGGCAGUAGUGUCCAAUUGCCCACCUACUUUUUUGCGAAGAGGAGGUUGCAGAAGUACCUUGGCGUACGCGAGGGGGUAGGGUUACAUCUUGCUAGUAGCGCGGUUAGUGGGUUUGUGGUCUGUUGUAUUAUGCAUCCUCCUGGUAGGCUUUUGCUCUCUGAUCUGAUGUUUGCGAUGAUAUUGUUUGUGUCGGCCAGGCACUGAUGCGGCUGAAAGAUACCGUGAUGUCGAGAAUGUACAACCAGAGUGGGAACCUGUACACUGGUGCAUUUGAUUGUUUGAUGAAGACUGUUCGGACGGAGGGCCUUUUUGCAAUCUAUAAAGGCUACUUCGCCCACCUGGCGAGGAUAUUGCCGCAUACGGUGAGAUUCAUCUUCACCCACAGAUCUACCUACCAACACAUGCUGCUUCGGAGGGCUGACAUUUCUCAUAGAUCCUAACAUUGACCCUUGCUGAGCAAACUAACAAGCUCGUUCGGAAGGUUGAGCAAAGGCUUUUUCUCGAUUAAUUAUCAGCCAAGUUACCAGGGAGUCCAUCCCCACCCCCAGACCGAGUUUUGUGGUUAUGAACUUUUUCCCUCCACUUCCCUUUUCUUUUUUUUAUGUUCGCUACUGUUAGACCCCUUAGAGUAGAGCCAUUUGUAGCUGUCGCUUCCCCUUGAUGUUUACCUGGGUUGAAUGUCUGGGGAGGUUGAACGUUUUAUUUUGUGAACACGAUGGGAUUUUUGGCUCGGGAAUCACAUCCGGGUAUAUAGGAGGCGUUGGCGAUGUGGAAAUAGAAGCUAUGAAGGGUUUAGAGAUCCAAACU